AUGGCUGACAAGAUCCACAGCCCCGACCACAAACGUGGUCGAACCACAUCUCCCCUAGCUUCAGAUUCACUGAUGGGCGAACCGUCUGAGUCCUUUGGUGUCGACGCUCGACGCCAAACGACCGGCAGCGGCAAGCAGAGGCAAGGCAGAGCCCUGCACGCCCUUUCCAACGCCGAGCUCACUCAAGGCUUUCUACUACAUGAAGAACAGCUUGCUCUACUACAACUUCAAGCCUCGCUGGUGUACAAGCUCCCCACGGACGCCCCCCUGGCACAGGCCCUAGCCAAGGCCGUGGCCGCGUGGCAGAAAGGCCACACGCCGGGGAAAGCACACCCACUGGGUUCAUGUGCACACUUCACAGCGGGAGCAAUGCUCGUCCAGCUAGCCCAGUCUCAACAAAAGCCACCAGGCAUUGACACCGCACAGUUCAAGGCCUUCAUCAAGCUGAUCGAGGACUUCGGCGAAUCGCCGCAUGAGGCUGUGGUUCAUCUGGUCGCGCACUGCUCGGCUCGACAAAAUGCUCUCAAGACGCAUCUCAUUUUGGACUUCCGGCCGGUUCUCCACUCCCCGCUUGCGCAGUACACCUCGCUGAUCGCGGCCCUCCUGGAUUCCUAUGAGGGAGAGCGCCUCGGAAAGAAGGCCCCUGGGGGCCUGGCUCGGAAGGCGAGGGGCAAAGCUGGCUAA